UAAUAUCCCCAACCUUCAUGGCUGGAAAAUACCCCCGCGAAAAGAACUGCACCUGUACUCUGAACCCCGAAGAUAAAAACCAAUCGCUGAUGACAUUAAGGACUGCAACGUUCAUCCUGAGAGCCAAACCCAAGUGUAAAGAUUACUUAGAAGUGACCACAAAUGAUAAAUCUGAGAAGUUGUGCGGGUUCCAGGAUACACGAUCAAGUUAUAAAGGCAAAGAUGUGACACUGAAUUUCUUCAGUAGUAACACUUUGUUCAAGACAAAGGGCUUUUGGCUGGUCAUCACAAGUGAGAGUCCAGUUAGGAUACGCUGUGGAGAAGCACUGAUUCAAUCAACCACCCCACAGAUAACUACUACACAAUUAAGCACCCAAAGAAUAGAUUAUAAUAUCUC